UUGGAGAAUGCUAGGGCGACAAGUGCUGCGUACUGUGCCGCGUUUAUCGGCGAGCUCGAGACGCUUCACGGCAUCUGUGUCGCAGACCAAGCCCGAAGGUUCAAGCGGUAGUGAAAGCAAUUUUUCCCGAUAUGCUGGCAUGGCAUUCUUUGGCGCUGUGGCCGUGACGACCGCCUAUCUUGGUACAUGGCAGACCGAGCGCUACUACUGGAAAGUGGAUCUGAUCAAUGAGCGCACAAAGGAGCUGUCUGAGUCUGUUGGAGAGCUGCCUAAGGACGCAACAGCAAGCGGUGACAUUGACGACAUUGAGUAUCGACAGCUUCAUCUGGAGGGUAACUUCAAGCAUGGAAGCACCUUCUACUUGUAUCCUCGUUCGGCACCUGCGGACCCGAGUGAUUCAGUGGCCAGGGUAAAGUCCGGCGGCUACAUUUAUUCUCUGUUACAGCGUGAAGAUGGAACAUCGGUGAUCGUGAACCGAGGUUGGCUACCGCGCAAGCUCCUUGACGUGCACAUGGCACGUGAUGAGAAGGAGGAAGAUGGCAAAAUGUCUUUCGUUGGUGUGCUUCGCCACGGUGAAGUGAAAAACAAUUUUACACCUGACAACGAUCCCGAGAAUCGCCAAUUCUUCUACUUGGACCACGAAGAGAUGGCAGAUGCCAUGGGCGUUACUUCAGCCGAUUUGCCUGUCAUUGUUGAUGCCCUUGCGGUUGACGGCGAGACUGGAGAAAUCGCGCUGGGCAACCCCCUCCGAAAGAAUAUUGCCUCUUACCUGGAAUUCUACAUGACUCCUGAGAAGCAUGCUGGAUACGCCGCGACCUGGUUUGGUUGCAGCAUUGCGGCUGCUGUAAUGGGUGUACUGCGCUUUAAGAAGGGAGGCGCCCGCAUUCGACGCGCCCCGAGGCUCGAACACCGCUAA